AUGAUCUCAGUAUCCACGUCAAAACUCCUCCCUCUCUUUCUUCUGCCGUCCGCCACCGUCGCCUCUCACAACCUACCGUGCCUCCCCUUAUGCUGGUCCGGCAGGAAACUAACCACUCUAUCCAGGUUCCUGGGUCCGCCGAAGAGCAUUAUCUGUUCCGCCAGCUCAACUUUAACUGAUAAUUCUGUAUCCCCGAGAAAUGAAGUGUACACAGUCGGUGAUUUCAUGACAAAAAAAGAAGAUUUACAUGUUGUGAAGCCCACCACAACUGUGGAUGAAGCCUUGGAAAUGCUUGUGGAAAACAGAAUAACUGGUUUUCCAGUGAUUGAUGAUAACUGGAAGUUGGCUGGUCUUGUGUCAGACUAUGACUUAUUAGCGCUGGAUUCCAUCUCAGGUUCUGGAAGAACCGAUACGAACAUGUUUCCUGAAGUUGACAGCACUUGGAAAACAUUCAAUGAAGUGCAAAAUUUGCUUAGCAAAACCAAUGGGAAAAUGGUUGGUGAUUUGAUGACGCCAGCUCCAGUAGUUGUUUGUGAAUCCACCAAUCUUGAGGAUGCUGCAAGUAUACUACUUGAGACAAAAUAUCGCCGCCUUCCUGUUGUGGAUGGUGAUGGUAAGCUGGUUGGAAUUAUUACAAGAGGAAAUGUUGUAAGAGCUGCAUUGCAAAUUAAACGGUCCACUGAAAGAGUUUGA